CAACACCAUGCUGCGCCAACUCCGUUCAGUGCCACGACACUCUCUUCCAGGGUGUCGUCCCUUAUCUACUAAGCAACACCACCUCCCAGCAGCCUACUACCGCGGUGGCACCUCCCGCGCCGUCUUCUUCAAGCAGGACGACCUCCCCACAGAUCGCCGCAAAUGGAACCCCAUCUUCCGCGGCGUCAUCGGCAGUCCUGAUCCCUACGGUCGCCAACUUGACGGUCUAGGCGGGGGGAUCUCCAGUCUAUCUAAGAUCUGUGUUGUGGGCCAACCCACCCACCCGGAUGCAGAUAUCGACUACACGUUCGUUUCCCUGGGGGUGAAAACCCCUGAGGUGGAUUACUCCAGUAACUGCGGGAAUAUGAUCAGUGCGGUUGGUCCAUUUGCUGUUGACUACGGGCUAGUUUCUCCAGGUCAGGACUCUGCAUGUGUGCGUAUCCACAAUACCAACACUGGGAAGAUUAUCCAUGCAAGAUUCCCGGUUGUUGAUGGGGAGGCCGCGUCGUCAGGGGAUUUCGCAAUUGAUGGGGUAGCGGGGACGGCUGCUCCAGUGCAGUUGGAUUUUGUCGAUCCGGCGGGAUCGAGAACGGGCAAGUUGCUUCCUACAGGACAGGUGAAGGAUGUGUUUGAUGGGGUUGAGGCGACUUGUAUUGAUGUGGCGAAUCCGUGUGUUUUUGUCCGUGCGGAGGAUCUAGAUGUCAGCGGGAAUCUCAUGCCAGAUGAAAUCACCAUUCACCCCGGUCUGUUGGAUCGGUUGGAUUCAAUCCGUCGACAGGCGGGCGUCAAAAUGGGAUUGGCUGGUUCGCUAGAAAAUGUUCCCGGCAGUGUGCCCAAGAUCUGCCUCGUGUCGAGCCCUGAGCGCAAUACUCGAGCGGCGGAGCAGGGCCAGACGGCGGAUAAGGUGGAUUUGCUCGUGCGGGCCCUCUCGGUCGGACAGCCGCACAAGGCAGUGCCGAUUACCGUUGCGUUGGCGAUCGCUGCGGCGGCGAGGGUGUCGGGCAGUACAGUUGCUCAGGUGGCCAGUGAGAAAAUGGUGGAUGAGGGGGGAAUCACACUGGGUCAUGCCAGUGGGAAUUUGCUUGUCGGAGCGACCUUUGAUGGAGAUGGAAUGUUGAAGUUUGCGACGGUGUUUCGGACGGCAAGGAGAUUGUUCGAGGGGAGGAUUUUUUGGAAGAAUGCUAGUGAUGAUUAAUUGGAGAGAAGAUGUCAUAAAAACCGCGCUGAUGAUUGAUCAUCCGUGUCCACGAGUUGGUUGAUGUGGAUGGUACUUGGCAAGGGAUAGCUGACAUGAGAUGGAUACAGCUGUAGGGGCCUAUCCCAGGGCUAAUUAUUUAACCACGUCUCGUCACCUAGGUUUAGCAUCCGGUUCAAGACAAUGAA